AUGGACAAAAAACCGUGCAACUCAUCUCAAGACCCUGAAGUGAGAAAGGGACCUUGGACAGUGGAAGAAGAUUUGAUUUUGAUCAACUAUAUUGCAAAUCAUGGAGAAGGUGUUUGGAACUCCUUAGCCAAAGCCGCUGGUCUUAAACGCACUGGAAAGAGUUGUAGACUCAGGUGGCUAAACUACCUUCGCCCUGAUGUUAGAAGAGGAAAUAUCACACCUGAGGAACAACUUUUGAUCAUGGAGCUUCAUGCAAAAUGGGGAAACAGAUUUCUUAUCAUUUCAUUUAUAUAUAGUACUGACAAUGAGAUUAAGAAUUUCUGGAGGACAAGGAUCCAGAAGCAUAUCAAGCAAGCUGAGAACUUUCAAUCACAACAAAGUAAUUCUGAUCAUGAUCAUCAGAUCAAUGAUAAUAAUUACCAUCAUCAUCAUCAUCAUAAUAGUUAUGCAAGCACUUCUAGCCAUGUUUCAAACAUGGCUGAGGCAAUGGAGAUUUCAUAUUCUUCUCCACCCACAUACCAAGGAACUACAUUGGAGCCAUUCACAACUCAUCACAAUCAUCAACAACAACAACAACAACAUCAUCAUCAUCAUCAUCAAUACCCUUCAACAAUCCCUACUACUGACCAAUCUAGUUGUUGUACCAAUGACAACAACAACAACUAUUGGAGCAUGGAGGAUCUCUGGUCCAUGCAAUUACUCAAUGGGGAUUAA